AUGGUUCAGCUUAAACAUUCUCUCUUGGCUCUUGCCUUAGCAUGCCAGCUUGUAUGGGCUAUUCCCAAGGACUCUACAGGGCCGGGGUCCAUAAUCGAACAGCGCGGAGGAGGAUUCAAUGAUCAAUAUGUUUUCGCUACCUGUCCAAACCCUCCCGAAAAAUGUUCUACAUGUGGAGGAGACAGCAAAAAGAAAGGGUUCUGUGACAAUGAGAAGGGGCGGGGGUGGAUGUCCGAUUAUUAUCGAUGCAAGCAAUGGCACAAGGAAGGCUGUGGUCUAACUUGCGAAUGUGUGUCGGAGGAGACAGGCAAGCCAGGCUCCGGUCUACCACUUAUUAUUCCAUUCCCACCCCCGCCAGUAGGCUUCAUCGCCCCUCCUGCAGCAGUUCCAAAUCCGAAGAACGGCCACUACAAGGACUGCAAAUGUAAGGCAGAAUGUCCUAAGCCGGAGAAGGAGGUGCUCGUUUGCGGUGAUGAUACUUGCAAAGGAAAAAAUAACAAAUGCACAACUGGCACGAAUGAGGGCUGUGAAUGCUAUGAGCUUACGUCGGAAAUCUACACCUUAGGGACAAAGUCCGAGGUCGAAAGCUUUGAGAAGGUUUUAACCAAAUUGGUUGAUAGCAUGAAGAAACAGGACGAGGAGGCUGAGAAGCCGAAGGACCCAGAAGUGAAAUGCUCUAGCACGGACUACAGCAAGGCCGUUUCAGUCGAUGUCUCGUUUAUGAGCAAGCUGGCCGACAAGUUCUGCAGCGGGGAUACGAGCAAGAAGCGCAGUCAGGACCUGACAGCCAAAGAUGUGUCGUCCUCUGCUUAUGAGAACUACAAGUUCCACUUUGAGCUCGAUCCUGGGAAGAAUUGCAAGACUGACUGCAAAGCAGCCUUCAAGUCCAUGACUGGCAAAUGCCAGGGCUAUGACAGCCAUUCCAUCCAACCAGAAGCCAGCGCCAAGGUCGAUGACUGUGGAGCAAGCUUCAGCUACAAAAUUACUGUACCCGACAAGCCUAAGCCAAAGCCUGAUACAUUCACUCAGCACGGGCUUCAAGAAAGAAAAUGCCACACAGCAGAUCAGUUUGGAUCACAUGGAGAUGUUCGCGGUAGUGAGAUCAGUAUGGCAGCUACUGGCUGUGCUGGAAUUUCCGACGACAAGGCCAAGUUGAAGGCAGGUUCAGAUCCAAUUGAGUUAAAGUCGACGUACGGAAGUACUCAGUUUAAGUUUACCAUGUCCUGGAUUGAGAACUGCGAGGGAGACGAACAAGAUGCACGGUAUCCCUUUGGCGGGGCGCAUAAUCUUGGGAACACAUGUUGGCAGCUUUUGUUGGAUGACUGGCAGAAGUGCAACAAUGGGGGUGCUGGUGGCUCCAUCGAUUAUAGCUGUGUGAGAUAUGACUUUAGGCCUUCAUUUGAUUAG